AAUCCCCAUUUCAACAAUCACCAUUUGCUUACUGAAACCUUUUAGCAAGUAAAGAGAAGAGUUUUUCAUUAUAAUGGAGAAGUCAGGCUUAGCAGAGUUUAAUGUGAAGAUUGUGGAGAGUUGCCUUGUGCCACCAUGCCUGCCUUUGCCCAGAUGCACUCUCUAUCUCUCAAACCUUGAUAACCAGCCAUUAGUGAGAAUAAACUCUAAUGCGUUGCUUGUGUAUGAGGGUUGUGAAAAUGCUUUAGCAGAUCCUGCCAAAACAAUCCGAGAAGCUCUGUCAAAGGUGUUGGUGUAUUAUUAUCCUCUGGCUGGGAGAUUGAGAAAGAAAGAGGAUGGGAAGCUUCAAUUGGAGUGCACAGGAGAAGGUGUUCUCUUUGUGGAAGCCACAGUAGAUAACAGCCUGUCAGUACUUGGAGAUUUGGACAAGCUCGAGCCAUCAUUUAAGAAGCUGCUUUUUAGGUUUCCUUCCGAUACAGCUAUUGAGGACGUUCAUCCCAUCGUUAUUCAGGUAAACCAUUUCGUAUGUGGAGGUUUUGUUGUAGCUGUGAGUUUUCAGCAUAUGGUAUGUGAUGGACGAGGGAUAGGGCAGUUUCUCAAAGGUCUUGGAGAGAUGGCUAGAGGGUAUGUUAAGCCUUCUAUUGAACCUGUAUGGGAUAGAGAACUUCUUAAACCAGGGAAUAUAUCAGUUCAUGACUUAGAAUCGACUAAAGAAAAAAUAGAGACUCUGGUUUGGCAAGCAAGGACCAAAGUACUUGAAAUUUCACAUACUCAGAACGUUAGUAUUUCCUUUGCAGUAGAUGUGAAGAGAUCAUUUAAUCCCCCACUACCAAAUGGAUACUAUGGAAAUGGUGUUGUUGCUGCAAGUGCACAAACUAUUGCUCAUGAUGUCAUAAACCAACCACUUUCAUAUCUAGUGAAUAUUAUAAAGAAAACAAAGAUAUCACUUACUAAUGAGUAUCUUAGAUCAAUAAUAGAUACAGAUCGAUUUUCAUCAAAUAUUUAUAGCAACCAAGCUAAUAUAAUUUUGAGUGACUGGAGGUGGUUGGGAUUUGAUGAAGUUGACUUUGGAUCAGGAAGCCCAGUGAAUAUAUCUCCCAUUUAUUGGAAUGAGAAUGGACCCAACAUAUCAAAUGGUUUUGUUUUCGUCCAUUCUCCUAAGAGAAAGUUUGAUGCAUUUAAGGCUAUAGCAUGGAUGCCAUCACAAGAAUUCAAUUUACUUGAAAUUGAAAUAAAAGCCAUAAUCAACAAAUAUCUUGUCAAUGGCUCUAGAUGUUGAUGUAAUGGUUAAUCCUUUUUAUUUUUAAAUAAAAGAAUAGAUGACUUCAUGGCC